AUCUGAUGGAGCAGCCAGCCAUACUCAAUGCGAAGCAGGAUGACCUGGAGCUUUUUCGUCUGGCUGUAAGAAGGUUGCGUCUUCCGUAACGGGCCCAUGUCUGAAAACCCAGACAGACGUUCGCAUAGCAACAGAAAGGCCGAAACAGACGAAUACGUCAGGCACGCCAGUACAGCAAGAUGGAGUGGAAGCCAGACGAGCAAGGACUUCAGCAGAUAUUACAGCUGCUGAAGGAGUCCCAGUCCCCCGAUACGUCCACGCAGCGAUCCGUCCAGCAAAGACUGGAGCAGCUGAACCAGUAUCCAGACUUCAACAACUAUUUGAUAUUUGUCCUGACAAAGUUAAAAUCGGAAGACGAGCCAACCCGAUCCCUGAGUGGACUGAUUCUGAAGAACAAUGUCAAGGCUCACUAUCACAACUUCCCAAACGGCGUGUCUGAUUUCAUCAAGAGCGAGUGCCUCCAAAACAUCGGGGAUUCUUCUCCCCUCAUCCGGGCCACAGUCGGUAUCCUUAUCACCACAAUUGCCUCCAAAGGAGAGCUGCAAAACUGGCCUGAGCUGCUGCCAAAUCUUUGCCUUCUGCUGGACUCCGAGGACUACAACACAUGUGAGGGAGCAUUUGGAGCCCUGCAGAAGAUCUGCGAGGACUCUGCUGAGAUCCUGGACAGUGACAUGCUGGACCGCCCGCUUAAUGUCAUGAUCCCCAAGUUCCUGCAGUUUUUUACACACAGGAGUCCUAAAAUUAGGUCUCACGCCAUCGCCUGUGUCAACCAGUUCAUCAUCAGCAGGACUCAGGCGCUGAUGCUUCACAUCGACCCUUUCAUCGAGAACCUGUUUGCUUUGGCGACUGAUAAUGAGCCGGAGGUGAGGAAGAACGUGUGCAGAGCUCUGGUCAUGCUGCUGGAGGUUCGCCUGGACCGCCUCCUGCCUCACAUGCACAACAUCAUCGAGUACAUGCUUCAGAGGACUCAGGACCAAGACGAGAACGUUGCCCUGGAGGCCUGCGAGUUCUGGCUCACUCUUGCGGAGCAGCCUGUGUGCAAGGAGGUUCUGUGCGGUCACCUCUCUCAGCUCAUUCCAGUGCUUGUCAACGGUAUGAAGUACUCAGAGAUUGACAUCAUCCUGCUCAAGGGCGAUAUCGAAGAGGAUGAAGCCAUUCCAGACAAUGAGCAAGACAUCAGACCUCGCUUCCACCGCUCCCGCACGGUUGCCCAGCAACACGAGGGUGACGGGAUUGAAGAAGAGGACGAGGAGGAUGAUGAGCUGGAUGAUGAUGACACCAUCUCUGACUGGAACCUGCGAAAAUGCUCCGCGGCAGCGCUGGACGUGUUGGCCAACGUGUUCAGGGACGAUCUGCUGGUCCACAUCCUGCCUCUGCUCAAAGAGUUGCUUUUCCACCCAGAGUGGGUAGUCAAAGAGUCUGGGAUUUUAGUGCUGGGGGCUAUAGCUGAAGGCUGCAUGCAGGGCAUGAUCCCAUAUCUGCCUGAGCUCAUCCCACAUCUCGUCCAGUGCUUGUCUGACAAGAAGGCGCUGGUGCGAUCCAUCACCUGCUGGACUCUGAGCCGCUACGCCCACUGGGUCGUCAGCCAGCCCCCGGACGUCUACCUGAAGCCUUUAAUGACGGAGCUGCUGAAGCGGAUUCUAGACAGUAACAAGCGAGUUCAGGAGGCCGCCUGCAGUGCCUUUGCCACGCUGGAGGAGGAGGCUUGCACAGAACUGGUGCCCUACCUGGCGUUCAUCCUGGACACCCUUGUGUUUGCCUUCAGCAAGUACCAACACAAAAACCUGCUCAUCCUUUACGACGCCAUAGGAACGCUGGCCGACUCUGUGGGACACCACCUCAACAAACCAGAGUACAUCCAGAUGUUGAUGCCACCACUGAUCCAGAAGUGGAAUCAGCUUAAAGAUGAAGACAAAGAUCUCUUUCCUUUAUUAGAAUGUCUGUCCUCUGUAGCCACGGCGCUUCAGAGCGGCUUCCUGCCAUAUUGCGAGCCCGUGUACCAACGCUGUGUCAACCUGGUCCAGAAAACUCUGGCUCAGGCCAUGCUUCAUCAGUCACAGCCUGACCAGUAUGAGGCUCCUGACAAAGACUUCAUGAUCGUGGCUUUGGAUCUCCUCAGUGGACUGGCUGAAGGUUUGGGGGGCACCAUUGAGCAGCUGGUUGCCCGUAGCAACAUCCUCACCCUCAUGUACCAGUGUAUGCAGGACAAAAUGCCAGAAGUGCGGCAGAGUUCUUUUGCUUUACUCGGAGAUCUGACUAAGGCUUGUUUCCAGCAUGUCAAACCAUGCAUCGGUGAUUUCAUGCCAAUACUGGGCACUAACCUAAACCCGGAGUUAAUAUCAGUGUGCAACAAUGCAACCUGGGCAAUCGGAGAGAUAUCUAUACAAAUGGGGCCUGAAAUGCAGCCAUACGUUGCCAUGGUGCUGCACCAGCUGGUGGAGAUCAUUAACAGGCCCAACACUCCAAAGACUCUUCUGGAAAACACAGCAAUAACAAUUGGUCGUCUUGGUUACGUUUGUCCUCAAGAGGUGGCUCCCAUGCUACAGCAGUUUAUAAGACCCUGGUGCACCUCUCUGCGAAAUAUAAGAGACAACGAAGAGAAAGACUCCGCCUUCAGAGGAAUUUGCACCAUGAUCAGUGUAAAUCCAGGAGGCGUAGUGCAGGAUUUUAUAUUCUUCUGUGACGCAGUGGCCUCCUGGGUUAAUCCAAAGGAUGAUCUGAGAGAAAUGUUCUACAAGAUCCUUCAUGGCUUUAAGAACCAGGUGGGAGAAGAGAAUUGGAGGCGUUUUGCGGAUCAGUUCCCGAUGCCACUGAAGGAACGGUUGGCAGCCUUUUAUGGGGUGUAGCUGUUUCCACCGCACUGUGGUCAUUCAAUGUGGGAUUUGAUGUAGGGAACCAUCCCAGGGAACGUUACCCUUUACUAGGGGGGAAGGGUGUGCUCGCUGAGGGAGGGGAAGGGGUGCAGACCCCUCCUCAACUCAGUGGACGGGGUGGGAGGGAGGUGGCAGUAGCUGCAGUGCCCUUGUGCACGAGCUAAGGGGGAAAAGCAGAGCAACCUUUUCGUGGGAGGAUCAUUCACUUAUAUCACAAACGAGAAAAUGUUUUCUUUUCCUCUGUUGUUUUUCCCAAUGUUUUUUAUUAAAAAUGGGGUUUUAGGGCAUAUUUGCAUUUCUAAGAAGGCUGUUCUUGAAAGAGGAAAUUCUUAGAGUAAGUCCUACUGUAGCUUCAAGCCCUGAAAUUUUUCUCAAAGAGAACCAGAUCGCCAUUCACCAAACUUCCUGUAGCAAAGCAGAGGCUGUUAAUGUUGUCUCCAAGGAGCUAAUUUAAGGAACAGCUUUCCUGGGAAAGGGUAGCAUGCUUUUAUUAUUGUGGGGAAAAAAACUGUUAAGCAUCAAUGAUGUGUGUUGACAGUGGACAUAGCUUACUGGAUAAGGUUCUUUGGUCAUGUGACUUUUGUACUUUUGCCAUACUUUUGUUUCCUCUGCCAGAUGGCUGCAGCCAAAGCGCUGCACCGUAGCACGACAGGGUGUAAGUUUCGGCUCUGUGUAACACCCCAGCGUGAACAGCAAGCCUCCGUUUGCUUCUGUGGUGUGAAUGUAAAGUUGAUCAGCAGGCACAUUGGAGCUUUAGCUGCUUUAGUGUUCUCUGUGAAGGAAAAAUGAAGGAGACUAUGCAGGUUAGCAUCCUGCGUGUUUUAUUGUUUUUAAUUUUUUUUUAAAUUUUUGGGUCAAUAAGACGCUGUCUCUGUAAUUGUGACACGAACCAUCCAAUCAAUGUUCAAUAUGUUUCCUUUUUCCUGGUCGUUUGGCUUCCUGUGUUAACAGCAUGAUCUUUGGGGUGACUGUGUAAUGUUUUGGGUGGUUGUCACUGUGAGGUACUUGGAUGCUUUCAUCUCUUGCAUGUUGGUGGCCCCCCACACCCCAGCAUAUAGUGAGUGGGGAAAGGGGAUUGUGGGAGGGAGGGAGGGGAGCUUCAACUCUUUUAAGAAGUUAAACACGUAUGUAUCGCCACACUGAGACUUGUAUAACCCAACACAUGCCGGAGUGCUCUCCCUGAGCCGUCCCUCCCCGUCGCUGGAUGUCGUUUUUAAAUACUGUGAAAGUACAAGAAUGUGUCUACUUGUGUCAAAAUGUUUUUUUCUUUUUUUUAAUUUUCUUUUUCAGCCUGGAUGUAUUCCAUGAUGAGGUAGAGAGGCUUCAUUUUCGUUUAAGAACCCAGCCGGUGAAAUUUCCUCUGCUGGUCAGAGCAAAAACUGCAGUAUUUGAACCCUUUGUAACGCACUCUCACCUGAUAUUUACAUAGAAAGUGCUUGAAUAAAUGCCAAACUCCUGACAUGAAACACUGCUGCUAAUCAUGUAAUAGAAAAAGCCAUUUUGAUGCAGCAGUUAUUGGAGGGUCAUUGGGACGAAGUUCCAUGCCAGAAAUACUCCUAAAACGUCAAAUGUAUCCAGGAUAGGAUCAUCAUCAUGGAAUACAAAGGCAAAUUCUUCUGUGUCCGGUCAUUUUGUGUGUGUUUUUUUAAGUGAUUUUGUUUGUCACAUUCCAGCUGUUUGGCAUGCAAGAAAAAGAAGUCACCACAUCCGUUAGUGAGAGAUUGUGUCAAUAAAAACGUGCAAAAAUAAUCCCCACUAUUACUGUGCCGUCCUCGACUCGACCGCUGCUAAGAUUUCUUGUCGUCUUUUGCCACUUGAAAAUGUGUUUUGUAGUUUCUGACCUCAGGUUGUUUUUGUUUUUUUUGGUUCCAGUGUUAUUUAUCUUUUUACCAACGUGUACUCCUUUAUGCAUCUCCUCCCUCGUCCAGUAAAAAUCACUCUUUGUGUUAUGUAACCAUGGGUGUCGCAUUGACAUCCAUUGGCGUUGAUCUGUGCAACUCUGAGCCCUCAAAUGUUGACAUUAAUUGCAAAACUAAGAGUUAGAACAAUUCAGAAGUGGUAACUUGCACACGUUUGGUCAAUAGUUGAAUCUCUGGGCAAUGCCGUCAGAGCAAAUAUUUCAAUUAUUUGGUGUUUUGUAAUGAGAUUAUACUCCUACAAACAGCAGAAACGGUUGGCAACUUUUGCAAAUACAAGUGUGACUUUCUACAAAGCUUUAUUGAAUUUUCUAUUUUAUAAAGCACUCACCCAUGGUGAAGAAUGUCUGCUCUUGUAUUCAAUUAGCUUUUAAACUUACAAAUAGUAUCUGCCUUCACCUUUUUUGCUAAGAAAAGCAAAAGCAUCAUUUUAAUAAACAUUUUUUCUCCUCUUUUUUUUAAAUAAGCUGCUGAAUUUUAAGGAAAAAAAGUAAUACUUUUGGGGCCACCAAAUAUUUUGGAUCAUGCAAAGAUUCUAUAUUGUACUGUAGUAAUUUUGUAAUAUUUGUAAAAUGAAAUAGUGAGUGUGACUGGUUACCAUUGCUUGAAUCUGAACAUUGUUCCAAUAAAUUGUUUACAUUAUAA